AUGCCAGUAGUUUCGCCCCCCUCCCAAAGUGCAAAAUCCACAUGUUCAGAAGCUCUAAUUCGCAUGCACAAUUAUAAAAGUGCAUUUCUUCGAGAAAAUUUACUGGUUUUGCUCGGUAGGAGGCUAGCAAUUAGGAUUACUCAGUGCUAUUUAGUCGCACGUCGUUCUCACCAGUUUACUACGUACAGGGCUUGCGCAGCGCAGGCAGAUCCGAGAAGCGCAGCAGGAUGCCACUGGUUAAAUAAAUCCGCCCCUAUCAUAGAGCCAGGGCCGACUGCGACGGCUGAGGCCGUGUGCGUGCUGCCAUCCUCCACGAUCAAAGGGGCAGAAGAGGCAGUAGCAGCCGGAGUAGAGGACGCAACACAGUCCGAGUGGCGGUGGUUAGCAGAGGCAACAGAGGAUUUCUCGGAGGAGGCGAUCCUCGAGGAGCUCCCCGAGAAGGAACAAGAGGCCCUCCUUCAACAGUGGCUUGCGGAAACAUCCCAAACCGCUCGCCCAGUAGAAUCUCCCCCAGAAGUCUUUCAAGUCACUCCCCCUGCCUCGGCUGGAGUAUCGCUUCUCAGCGAUGAUGACGCAUGGACUCUUCCGUCUUCAUUCCCACGCGCCUCCCUCCCCAGCGGCCUCCUGGCCUUCCCGCAGUCGGGGUGUACAUACACCUCAAGCGCAGGCGCUGCUGGAGGCGCGGCGAGCGUCCAUCACCAGGCGCCGGGGCAAGAGGCCCUCUGGGAAGUUACCCCCGCAGCCACUACCAAGAGCGGCAGCCUAGUCGUGAAGAAAGUCGCCAUAGAUGGGGAGCGCAGUAUGCCUGCGUGGCUGCUGCGCUGCAUAUGCCUCGCUCAAAACGCAGCGGCUUGUGUGGGCUCCCCCCACGGAGCCCAGGGGGCCCACGAGGAACCGCAAGACGGCUGCGCAGCGCGGUUGUUGCUGCCAGUGUACGAUGUGCAUGUGGCCUCUACUGCUGCGUAUUUCGUUGUUGAAGGGAGCGCACGCUGCUGCUCCCUUGCCGGAGCAGUGCUGCGUCGGAGCUCUCAGGAAGCUCUCCGCUGCAGCUGCGGGAGCGGCAGCGACUCCUUCCUGAGAACCUCGACGCACGUGCAGUCCCCCAAAGCCGACGCUGGCGGCGGCUCCACCGACACCAGCAGCAGCGCAGGGCCGAAAUUUCUUGGCUGGGGGUGUGUGGGGUGCCCGCGCCGCUUCCUGUGGCUGUUGCUGUGCGGCUUGGCGUGGCUCCGAGCUCUCCGUCUGCUGCCUUCGACGGUUUCUCCGUCAUCGGUGUACUUGAGAGGCCCCUGCCCGUUGAGGCUGUACCUCGCUGUGCCGCCCCUCACGCCGGACGUCGCGUGGGAGCGGGGGGAGGCGCAGCAGCAGCCGCCUGGGGACGUCUCCUGGCUGGCGCAUCAGCUCCCUCCGAGCUGCUGGGUUCCCCCCGAAAGGCGCGCAGCAGAGGCUGCAAGGGAAGCGCAGCCGAGUGCGACGUGCUCGGAAAGCCGCCACGAGACGCACUGGGGCCCGUCGUGCAGCCCAGAGGACGGCGAGGCGGCAGUCGUCUGGGGCGUUGGCGUGUGCCUUUUGGCUCAUUUGCUGCUGCAGCAGCAUGGGCGGCAGACAGAAGAGGCGCAGCCAGUGCGCGUGCAGCGGCCGAAGCAACGGGCGCAGCCGGAGGCGCGGCUGGAGGCGUUGAAGCGCGAGGAUUCUGGGAGUAGGAGGAGCCUCGGGGGCAGGCUCUCCGUAGACGCCGCCGCAGCGGACGAGGUGCUCUGGCCCUCCGGGGAGUCUCUCGCCCUACGCCGCAGGCGCAGUUGCGGCUUGCCGGAAGACUUGCUGCUGUUGCAGCAAGAGCGAGAAGGCGCCGCUGCCGCUGUGGCAGCGGCAAGCCAGGAGCUUGUGGAUACCUGCGAAGGGACCUCCGCAGGCGAUGCAGGGCAGCUGCCUGCAUCGCUGCUAGCAGCAGCUUCGGAGGGCGCUGCCCCCUUCAUGGUCUACGAAGCCAACGGCGAACUCAGCAGCAGCAGCCUCUUGAAGGCGCUGCCACAGCUCGCAACCGACCCUCUAGGCUUGCGUCUGCUGCAGCUGUUUCUGCACGCAGCCCCCAGAGCCCGCAUCUCCCUUGACGACGCGCUCUCGCAUCCCUGGUUCCAGGAAAUCAGAGCAGAUAUUGCCGCCGCAGGAAGCAAAGCCUGCUCCUGUGGUCGCGGUAGGGGGAGCUCUAGUGACAGCACCAGCAGGGAGGGCGAGUGGAGCGACAUCGAGCCGAAGCGCUCUUGCGCCGCAGCGGAGUGGGUAAGUGCAGUCGCACGCGCCUCCCAGCGUUCAUCGGCGGAGGCAGCGCAGGGCGAGGAGUGGCUGCUCUCCUUUCUCGACAGACUGGGCUUAUCGCCCUCUCGAACAGGCUCUGCAACGAAACCAAGGCCCUUUGAGACCUGCUCCCCCACUGCGUGCUGCUCAAGGGGGUGUCCGCUGCAGCAAAGGGGUGCGUAUAGAGAGCAAGUAAAUCCCCUAAGCGCUAAGUAUCCUACGGUCCAAAAUCGGUACAUCUGUGGAAAACAUGGUGCUUUCUUGCUCGGUUCCAACGUUCCACCGACAAGACACUAUGCAGUGUUGGGGUCCUUGAUCCCGCAUGCAGUUGUAGGAGUAUGCUGCUUGAAUGCCCCCGCCUUCUGCUGCACUUCGUCUUCUCUCUGCGCUAUAUCUUGCUACUUUAAUCCCUUUACACCUGUGGUGCUUGAAAGCUCAGGACUGCCACUGAGAUCCAGGAUUGCGUCGUUAGGGGUUGGGUCCAGUUUACUUCCUGGAACCCACAGGACUGGCCAGGCACUCCCACCAAGGGAUUACCGUCAAGAGUCUAUGGCUGCAUAG